CGUCUGGUCAGUGUGUCUGCGGAGCUGUGCGGUAAAUGAGAGCGGGAAAGGACGCCCCGGUCAGGUAAGUCUGUGCUGGCUGGGGUGCUCCCUGGCCUCGAUCGGCGAGCUGCUAGUGUCCGGCUAAAGAUCUCGGGGUCAGGAACAGAAAUGAGUAAAAGCAGCUGGCAGAGCAGGAGAAGACCUGGGAGAAGAGGCCGCCAGCAGAACCCUUGGCUUCGACAGCAUUCUAGCCAGAGGUACGCCACAGAGGUGCCCCAGGACCUGCAGGACUCCGACUAUGAGGAUGGCGAGGUUGCGUCAACGUCAGCCUCAUCCAGCACGACUGGGGCUUCUUCAGUGCCAGAUCUGCCAGGUUAUUACUUUGACCCUGAAAAGAAACGCUACUUCCGCUUGCUGCCUGGGCACAACAACUGCAACCCCCUCACGAAGGAGAGCAUCCGGCAAAAGGAAAUGGAAAGCAAAAGACUGAAGCUUCUAGAAGAGGAUGAGCAGAAAAAGAAAGUAGCCAGAAUGGGAUUUAAUGCAUCUUCUUUCCUACAAAAAAGCCGUCUGGGUUUCCUCAAUGUCACCAGUUAUUGCCGUUUAGCCCACGAGCUGCGAGUGAGCUGCAUGGAGAGGAAAAAGGUCCAGGUUCAGAGUUCAGAUCCCUCUGCUUUGGCGAGCGACCGGUUUAACCUCAUCCUGGCAGAUACCAACAGUGAUCGGCUCUUCACAGUGAACGAUGUCAAGGUUGGAGGCUCCAAGUAUGGCAUCAUCAGCCUGCAGGGUCUGAACACCCCCACGCCCAAGGUGAACAUGCACGAAAACCUCUACUUUACCAACCGGAAGGUGAAUUCUGUGUGCUGGGCCUCGCUGAACCACUUGGAUUCCCACAUUCUGCUGUGUCUCAUGGGACUCGCAGAGACACCAGGCUGUGCCACUCUGCUUCCAGCAUCAUUGUUCGCAGGUAGUCACCCAGGUACAGACCGGCCUGGCAUGCUCUGCAGUUUCCGGAUCCCUGGUGCCUGGUCCUGUGCAUGGUCCCUGAAUAUCCAGGCAAAUAACUGCUUUAGUACUGGUUUGUCUCGGCGGGUGCUGUUGACCAACGUGGUGACAGGACACCGGCAGACAUAUGGGACCAACAGUGAUGUCUUGGCCCAGCAGUUUGCUGUCAUGACUCCUUUGCUAUUUAAUGGUUCUCGUUCUGGAGAGAUCUUUGCCAUUGAUCUGCGUUCUCGAAGUCAAGGCAAGGGCUGGAAAGCCACGCGCCUGUUCCAUGACUCAGCAGUGACCUCUAUGCAAAUCCUCCAGGAAGAGCAAUGUCUGAUGGCAUCAGACAUGGCAGGAAAGAUCAAGCUGUGGGACCUGAGGACCACCAAAUGUAUAAGACAGUACGAGGGUCACGUGAAUGAGUAUGCCUACCUGCCCCUGCAUGUACACGAGGAAGAAGGAAUCGUGGUGGCAGUGGGCCAGGACUGCUACACAAGAAUCUGGAGCCUCCAUGAUGCCCACCUGCUCAGAACCAUACCUUCCCCAUAUCCCACCUCCAAGGCCGACAUCCCCAGUGUGGCCUUCUCUUCUCGGCUUGGAGGCUCCCGGGGAGCACCAGGGCUGCUCAUGGCUGUCCGGCAGGAUCUUUACUGUUUCUCCUACAGCUGAUUCUGUAGGGAUCCGCCUGCAAAAGUGUGGAUUUGAAUUAAAAGGAGUAAAGAGUACUUUAUUUCCACUGCU